AAGGAAUUCUACAAUACAGCGCUACACUUUCUAACUUUAUACCUAUAAAUACCCUCGUUUAUUCGACAGUGCUUCAUCAUCUAGAAAUGGCAACUCUUACAACAGCAUUUCCUAAUAAACGAAUUGUUGAGACUAUUCUCUGCUUUUAUGUCUUAGUUUUCUGUUUCCUUCCCACAGUUCUUUGUGCUGGGCAUUUGAAAAAGCUAUAUCUACCAGAUCCUGGUCCCGAGUCCUUUGCAUUCGAUUUGGCAGGUGGAGGACCUUACACAAGUGUUGCUGACGGAAGAGUUCUCAAAUAUGAAGGACCGAAAGUUGGUUUUGUGGAGUAUGGAUACACAAAAGCAGAUAGGCCCCGGAAAUUUUGUGAUGGCACUAAUAGGACGGAUAUCUCUCAAAUCUGCGGUAGGCCAACUGGUUUGGGGUUUUACUACAAGACUGGUGAGCUCUAUUUGGCAGAUGGCGGUCUAGGCCUUGUCGUGAUUGGAGCUAAAGGAGGUCCGGGAAGACGACUUGCCUCUGCUGCAGGAGGACUGCGAUUUGGCUUCCCUGAUGGCCUCGAAGUCGAUCAAAGAACUGGCAUUGUUUACUUCACCGAUGCAAGCUCCCGCUACAAUAUCAGCCAAAUUGCAGAGAUAGUUGCCAAUAGAGAUCAAACAGGAAGAUUAUUGAAAUACGAUCCAAGAACGAAAAAGGUCACAGUAUUGCUCAGGGGACUUGCAGGGGCCGCUGGGGUGGCAAUUAGUCAGGAUGGCUCAUAUCUUCUGGUUACAGAAUUUGUGAAAGCAAGAGUUUCCAAGUAUUGGUUAAAGGGUCCCCUAGCACAUACAUCACAUGUUAUUGCAAACCUGUCAGGAGCGCCAGAUAAGAUCAAGAGGAACAGUGCUGGAGAUUAUUGGAUUGCAGUAACAGUUCAAAGCCAGAAGCCGACACCAACAUUACAACUUCAAGGACAAAAGAUCAAUGGAAAUGGCAAGAUACUGGAAACAAUAACCUUUAGCCCUGGUUUUAAUUCUUCAUUGAUCACAGAAGUGCAAGAAUACAAGCGCAAGCUAUAUCUAGGUUCUAUAUAUAUUGGAUAUGUGGGGGUGUACCGGAAGCACUAAUUAACGAGAAGGAAUUGGAUAUGAAUAUGGAUAAUGUUCAUCGCUAUCGCAUUUCAGUUGAAAUGACUAGUCAAUAAAACUGUUGUGAUGUUUCGUUUUUCAAUCAUUCCUAUGAAAGCCACAAGCGUAGAAAAAGUUGUAAUAAUUUGAUUGUGUUCCUCUUUUUCCCCUUCUUUUUGUGUACACUUUCUUGAAAAGUACUGCAGACUUCAUUGAAAGAAGGUAGGAAA